AAAAAAUAAAAAAUAAAAAGAAAACAAUUUGACGUUCGAAUGUCAUACGAAUAUACCGCGAAAAUUACGGUGACAAAGAUGGCGGAAAAUGGUGACGUUUAUAAAAAAAGUUUUAACGGUACAUGUACUUUGGGUGUGAAUAAAAGGACGACUGGUUCCAUUGCUAGGAAAGCUGAAGCAUACUUGAACGCAGUAAAAGAAAGUUUAGGAACACCACCAGUGGCAAAAGUUCAGAGACCCAGUAUACCGAAGUUGGAGGUAGUGCAGAGGGUGGCUGCUAUACCCAUCGUGGGAUCUGGCAUUGAAGUCACCGAGAAAGUUUACCACAAGAUCAGGGAGUCAAACCCGCUGAUCCGUUGGUAUUUGUCACUGGGUGAGAAGUCUUUGGCAACAGGCGUGCAGUUGGCACUACCAGCAGUUCUCUUGUUUGAGACUCCCAUCCAUCAGCUCGACAAGUUCCUCUGCAUGUCGCUAGAUGUCGUUGAGAAGACGGUGCCGUCUAUCAAUCUACCGCCACAAGCUAUGUACUCCGAGACUCGCCGAUUUGUAGUACGUCGCGCAGACUCUGUGAAGCAGCUGGGGACAGCUGUACUGGACUCCCGGGUCACUGCCGUCACCGCCACGGCAUUAGACCGUGCGCUGACCACAGCGGACAAAUACGUCGACAAGUAUCUUCCCCCUGACCAACAAGAUGCUUCUGAUGUGGUGAUCAUAGUGACGAGUGCGGAUGCAGUGGACAGCGGCGACAGUGGACGCGCACGCGCAGCGCAGGCCGUGCAACAUGGCGCCCGUCUUGGAAGGAAGCUGCAGCGCCGCCUCACCAGGCAGGCACUCGCUGAGGCCAAGGCCAUCAAGGAACAGAUCCAUGUCCUCGUUUAUGUUGCUGAAUUGGUCGCCACAGAUCCAGUCUUGGCCUGGCAGAAGGCUAAAGAGCUAUUUGCAGAGCUAAGUCAGCCGGAGCCAGAGAACCAAGCCCGUCCCGCCACGUUGGAGGAACUAGUAGUACUGCUGACCAGAGAGACUGCAAGGAAGAUGGUGCAUCUUAUCCACUACACACACACUGAUUUACCCAAGAACGUCCGCCAAGGCAUGGCACUGAUUACGAAAACCUUGAACACCGCUACCGAUGCGCUUAUGAAGACCAUGCCCGUGGAGACAGCGAUGUCUGAAGUGAAGGAAUGGCGCAGCAAGCUGGAGACACUCCUGCAACACCUGCAAAGUGCUUCUAAGACCUACCUGGAACACCUGGCGAUCUUCCUAGCUGGCAACGAAGAACGCGAGAAGAUCGCGCCACGGUCAACGUACGAGCAACGAGAUGACUUAGCCCUGAACGGCCUCAACUGAUUAAUUAUUACAUUAUUUUAAAUUAGUUAUUAAAAUCCAGUGCCGAAUUGGGCAUACACGGGACCCGUAGGAAAGUAGAAGGGCCCUAUAUCUGAUUUAAUUUUACAAAAAAGUGUUUUUUAAUUUUUAUAUGGACCCUCUUUUGCACGGUACCCGUGGCAUUUGCUACUCUUUUAUCUAGUUAAUUGGUUUAGCUUGCACUGUUAAUUUCUAUUGUCUAUAUAAGGUAAACAUGCUCGGGGCCCGUAGCAAAGCAGAGAGGCCCUCGAUUAUACUUCUUUUAAACAAAAAAAUAUGCUAAAGCGAAGAUUUUUGCCUUACGGGGCUUCCUUUUGCGUGGACCCCGUAGCAUUUGCUACUGUUUAAAUGUGUUAUUUUUUUAAUUCGGCACUGGAACUCUUUAUUGUCUAUGUACCAUAUUUAUAACUGUAGAUUAUCAUCUUCAUAAAAAAUACGUAAUUUUAUGUAAGUUUUCCUUAGAGAAGUUACCGAACUUAUUUUUCCACAGAGAACUGAAAACAUACAUAAUUAUUCUUAGUUUUCCCUUUAAAUCCAUAAUCGAUUUGACGAAAUCAUCUCUAACAAAUCGAAUAUUAAUUAAGUAAUAAUAUUUAAUCAAAUUGAUACCGAUUAUGUUAAUUUUAAGUUUAAUAUACUGAUGAAAACAAAUUAAUUUUAAAAUAACUGUAAGUCAUUUCAUG